UCGUUUUACAAUAAGAUUUGGAAUUUUUACAAAUCCUCACUUUGUUUACAGAUGGCGGCGAAGUAGAGAGAUGUUCAAACUGGAAAUCGACUUGCCAUGAUUUCUCAGCCGAGGCCAACUCCGAAAAGAGAUCCUUUCUAUGUAGAUCCACCUCCUAAAGCACAUUAUCAUCCAUCAGAAAAGAAAAAUCUUUCAGAAAACCAGAAAAAGACAUCUAUAAGUCCAAUAAGAUCAAGUAACAGAAAACGUAAUGAAGAGGAAAGACUAAGUUAUAACGAUGAACUGUUUUUAAAGGGAGGUAACUCAUUCACACCGAAAGCUAACCAGGAUGAAUCUGGUUCUUCACAUUUUGAUGAAUCAUGGCCAAGUACAGAUAGGCCACUAAGUAUAACAGAUGAAGAUCAUCCUUUGAACAACAUAAUAUUUCAAAAUGGUGGAGAUAGAUAUGGUGAUUUAAAGAAAACAUUGCAGUUUCCAGAGAGGGAUCCUACUGUUGACAAAAGAAAAUCAAACCUUAUGUCACAGAAUGGUAAUAUGAGACAAGACAGUUCUUCAACUUUACAAAAAUAUAUUGAGAGAUUUCGUUCAGGACAACCAAUGAGUCGUGAGGAAAGACAGAAGGCCUCAUCAUCGGCUCAAAGAGAUUUUUGGUGGUUAUCAGAUAGAUCUUAUGCUGACAGCUCCACACCAAAAGAAGACAGUCCUGGUGUAAAAAGAUCAAGACGUUUUACCCCACAUUCUCCCAUAAGUCCUUACAAAGGUCACGACAAAGGAUGUGGGUACAAGAAACCAGAGUUAAAGGACUUUGCUCCACAUACGUUAGAUGAUACAACUAAGUUGUUACAGGAGAAAGCUGAUAGACUACUUGAUAGUGCCAGUAGUGUGGCAUCCUCAGAUCCUAUUGUAAGUACAGACGGACUUGGUAGUUCUCAGUCCUUCAGUUCCACUAUAAAUAGUGUAGAAGAACAACCAUAUAGACCCUCUUUUGCUAGAAAAUGGGAUAAACAAGAGAAGCCAUCUUAUCAGAUUCCUAAGCCCCAGGGGAGACAACCUAGUGGACCAGAGGAAGAUGUUCUCUAUCAAUGGAGGCUGAAGAGGAAGGUGGAACAGGCCAGAGAUAAUGCUUCAAAAACUCCUGCUGUCAAGUUUGGUUAUAAUGAUAAAUCUCCUGGACAGAAAGAGAUUGAUCAAAAGUUGGACGAAUUCAAGCAAAGAUUAUCUGGAAGAGGUAAUCAACAAAGUCUGCAGACUGAUGAAUAUAACAAUCCUAAUGGAAGAUACAACACAAGCGAUUCACAUUAUUCAUCUGGAACUGUCCAGUUUACUCCUGCUCCACAAGUCAGAGGUCAAAUUCAGCGUUCCCAUGAUAUGCCAGCUGAGCCACAGAAAUCAUUUCCUAUUGCUAGUCCAAUGCUUCCCAAAAAAGGUGCUGAUGAAAUAGAGCCUCACUAUCAUUUAACAUGUGACUUGUUGCCAUGUUCUCAUCAAGGUCAUAAAACUCACCCACAAUCUCAGAAUGAAUUAAGGAGAGGCCAUGAGACAAAUUCAGGAGGAAAUAAUUCAAAAAAUGUCAGUACCAACAGUAAAGUCUCAGAUAGAGAUGAAGAUAUAGAUAGUGAUAGAUAUAAGUUUUUACAAGCUGAAAAACCUGACAUAGAAGAAAAAGUAGAAAGUGAAAGUAGGACAAGUAGGUCAGGUGAUGAUGAACAAAAUAAGAAACAUAUGACCGAUGAAGAUAAUAAUUCUUUUGAAACUGAUAAAAGCAGUAAAUUAGUGGAAAGGGAAAGUAAACAGAAUGUUAGAACUCAAUUUCAAAAGGACACGGAGUCAAAAGUGAAGAGGAAAAUAAUUAAAGACAAUGAAAAAAUAACUGAAAAAGAGAAUGACAGAAAUAUUCCAACUUUGAAAAAGUCUGGGAAACCAACACAUUCCAAGCCAGUAGUGGAUAAUGCCAUUGGACAGGUUGUUAAAGACAGAUUAUUUAAUAUAUCAACCAGUACUGUGUUAUCUAGUAUUGACAGUGACAUUUCUCCUCCACGGCAACCAAAAUUUACAGUGGACAGUCAACAACAGAACAAAGAAAACACAGAGGAGUCUUAUGAAUCUGAUGGAGAAUACCCUGAUGACCAGUUAUUACACAUGUUACGUCAACAGAGGGCGCAGUAUGAGGAACAACUCAGACAUAUAGACGACAUGCUAGCAAGAUUAGAUCCAGAAGACAGUUAAGGACACGCAAUAUUAUAUGGAACGAUUUUUAUGAUUCUACAAAUCUAAAUCCAUUUCUAACAUUGGAGAAGUGCUAUCCUAGUCUGGAGAGUUUAUAUAUCAGCUUAACAUAUGAAGAUGCUUUCAAGAUUGGAAGAAUAGGACAGUUUAAAAUUCCAGUCUUUUUGUACUAUUUUGCAAUGGAACAUCUUGUUUUGGCUUAAAUAUUUGAAAGCCUUUUC